AUGAGCCUUGUCAAUCAGAAAGCAUACACUGAGGUACCAGAGGACUGGAGAGACGAAUUGCGAAAUUGCCGUUUGAAACCUACACCAUUUGAAGUGACUGAUUGCAGUAAAAAUUUUGAUUUUCAAAAUUUGACUUCAUUUUUAUCGCCGCUAUAUCCAACGAAGUGCUCUUUCUCAACUCGACCAACCAGAAUGCUUAAAUUUUGCAGCAAGGAUAACCGGUUAAUUUUCCAUAAAUCUACGUAUAUGGGUUUUUAUUAUAAUUCUAAAUUCGAAAAUAAACCAAUUAAGGCGUGCCGCAAAAGGACACAAAAUAAUCACAAUAAAAAAGGAGUAGGAACAUUACGAAAACUUUAUCAAGACGCAAUUCCUAUUAAAAAAUCUAAAUGGAAAGAUCUGCAAGAUCUAACUGCAUUUCUCGAGAAACCAGAAUCCAGGUUGUUUUAUCAACAAUUAACAGUAGUUGUUGUCGAACAAUCUGGAGAAAGCGAUGACGAAAGUGGACUAAAAUUGAUAACCUCAAAAAUCAAGUCCAAAAAAAAUCAGAGCAUUUGCCCCACUCCCGAGGAAGUACUUUUAUAUUACGUUCUAAACAAUAAAACAAAUUAUUUGAAGACUUUAUUCAACGCGAAGCUUUUAAAAUGUAGAUAUUCUAAUCCAGAAUAUAAUUAUUCUGUUGAUAUACUAUCAAUUGCAUGUGUGGGAGAAGUAAAAGCAGAGACAGUCAAGUGUUUAAUAGAAUUGGGAGCGGAUAUACGAUGUCGAGAUGUAGAUAAUUGGGAACCGUUUCAUUAUGCUGCCGUAACAGCCGACGAUUAUGUAUUAAAAGUUAUUAUAGACGAACUAAAAAACAGGAGAUUUAAUUUAGAUGAAGUCUUAGCAGGAAAUUCGCAGGAGAUUAUACCUUCAAUAAAAACACGUAUAUAUCAAAUUAGCCCAAAUGAAACGGUAGAUGACCGGCUAGAAGAAACUGACCAAAAGGAUUUUUUGUUUAAUCUUGUGAAAAACAAAGAAGAGGAUAAGUUUCUAAAUUGUAAAGGCGCAAUUAUUUCCAACUAUGUUGAUAGUGAUAAUGGGGAGAUGACUCUUUUACAAUUUGCAUGUAAAAAUGGUACUAAACGCAUAGUGAAGUGUUUAAUCGAGAAAAAUGCAGACAAAAACCUCACCACAAGUAAUAAAAAAGAGACACCUUUAGAAAUUUCAGCUAAACAUGACUUCCAUGAAAUAUUUGAAAUUCUCAUUAAAGAAUAUAAAAACGAGGAACAAAUUCCACCAUAUAUCAUUUCAAAAUUCUUACCAAGAUUAUUACAACAUUAUGAUGACACAGAAGAUAAAUAUAAGUCAAGCUGUGAUCUAUUGCUAAAGAAAAUAAAAGCUAAUAAAAACAUUUACGAUUUAAAUGAAGGAAAUGAAGUGACUGGAUAUACUCCACUACAUUACGCUGCGCGGUAUGCUGACACAGCUACUAUCACAAAUCUUUUAGAUAUAGGUGCUUCUUUAGUCUGUAAAAAUCGAUUUGGAUUUAUGCCUGUUCAAUACUUGGAUUACGAAAAAUUACAAGCCGUUUUGGAUAACUAUGUUCAAGGUGAUUCAUUUAAAAGGAACGCUGAUGAAUUUGAAGUAUCUAUUAAUUUCCGUGCAUUACUUCCGUGCAUUCCGAAAAAAGUGGGGACUAAGAUCGUCAUUGAUCAAUCGUCAAAAGCAGGGGCGAAUAAUACUGACAACGUGCUUCCUAAGAACGGUGAAACAACUACAGAGUCUACCUGUUUACUUAACCCUAAUAACAGUAACUUGGACUCCGAACAAUUAAAAGCCGUUUUGGUUGAAAGUGUUCAAGGUGAGAAUAAUGAGACCGAGGGAGGUACCCAAAACGUACCUAAUAACGGUGACACAACUACAAAGGCUACCAGUAACAGUAAAGAGAGUAAUACUGUUUAUGAAACAGACCUUGUAUUCGACAUUAGUGAACUACCAGAGGUCAAGUAUGUCAAGGGGACUAAGAUCGUCAUUGAUCAAUCGUCAACAGCAGGGGCGAAUAAUACUGACGAGUUUCCUAAGAACGGUGAAACAACUACAGAGUCUACCUGUUUACUUAACCCUAAUAACAGUAACUUGGACUCCGAACAAUUAAAAGCCGUUUUGGUUGAAAGUGUUCAUGGUGAGAAUAAUGAGAUCGAAAGAGGUAGCCAAAACGUACCUAAUAACGGUGACACAACUACAAAGGUUAGCCGUUUAUUUAACCCUAAUAACAGUAACGAGAGCAAUAUUCAAUCAUCAGCAUCAGUGGCGACUAAUAAUGACACCGAGAGAGGUACCCAAAACGUACCUAAUAACGGUGACACAACUACAAAAGCUACCAGUAACAGUAAAGAGACUAAUACUGUUUAUGAAACAGACCUUGUAUUCUACAUUAGUGAACUACCAGAGGUCAAGCAUCUGCUUAAACACCCUGUGAUAUCUUUCAUGUGCUUUUUGACUCCAACGCACUAUGGUGGAUAUUAUUAA